AAUGUGCUCAAUGGCUUUCAUGGCAUUAUCAUAAUCAUUGGGCUUACUGGUAUAGUCAACGGUACAGUUAGUGGUAGAGUUAGUGGUACCGGUAGUAGGAGAGUUCGUACAACUGUGGUAGCUAGGAACGGAACAGCUUCUUUGACUAUUGUCUAA